AUGCGCGCCUUCGUUCUCGUCCUCUCCUCUCUCCUGGCUGUGGCCUACGCCGAGCUCCCCAAGGCCAACGAGUAUACCUCUACCGACUGUUCUGGCGACCUCAACUUCGGCCACCACUCCGACACCCUCACCGACGUGACCAUGGACGACACCUCCCACUCCGUCUUCAUGGCCGGCGGCGAGUGGGCCGGCUACUCGCAAAAGGGCUCCGGCGGUUGCUCUGGCGAGAUGCUGGGGACAAUGGAGGGUGGGUGCAACAACCUUGACACAGGCAAGGCGCAGCGCGUGCAGUGUGUGAAGCACAACCCUUUCUCGUAA